ACGGUUAAAAAUCAGUUACCUUUAAGACUUUGAGGAUGAUAAAACAAUGUUUGUGGAUUGUAUUUUUGUGGAGGGUGGCGUUCUGCGUUCCCCAGUGUUCUGUGACUGAAGUAAAGAGUCUGCUCGAGGGUUGUGACCGGCUUACAGGGUUGAAUAUAACUACCGUCGGCGGUACCAUGGUCAAUGAUCACAACUGCGAUGUCGUGCUCCCGAAACAAGUGUUCAUGGAGGAGCCACUGUUCCAGUACUCUUUGGCUGAUUCAAAAAAGUUUUACACUUUGAUCAUGGUUGACCCAGAUGCCCCACCCCAGAUAGAUGGCGAGUUUUAUCUUCAUAUGGUAAAAUCUAAUAUACCGGGCCUGGCAUUGAAAGCCAAGGAAAGUAGCAAAACAGUUGGUAUAGAUUACAGAGGGUACAAGCCACCAAUGCCACCUCGCGGAUCAGGCCAGCACCGCUACGUCAUCCUACUAUACGAACAGGCUGACGGCAACAGUUUCCUACCGUCCGUUCCGUCGACACGCCACAGAUUCUCACUCGCCAAGUGGCUCGUCGGUAAAAACAUCUGUGGACCUAUCGCAGGAAUGGAAUUCAAGACUGAAUACUAGAUGGCGUUAGUAGUCAUGAUUGAGAUUGUGUUUCAAUUGUACUGACGAAAUAAGUGAUUGAUAUAUUUUAUCUUUUGAAUUAAAUGUAUUAUGUAUGUAUGAUUUUAUUCACAUAUUAAAUUGUUCUGCAGUGCUGAGUGGUAAACCUAGAUGUAUUUCCAAAAGUCUAGAAUAUAGUAGGUAGAUACCGUACCUAUAUAAAAUAAGACACAAGAAUUUUGUUUAUCAAACAAGAUGAAAUAAAUUAUAUUUUAGUACCAAUUUAUUUAUAGUUCCCAUGUUUAAAAUGGUAUCAUUUGAAAUCAUAAAUGUAUAUUAAAAACGCUUCGAAAUUAAAAACAAAUGAGUUGUGUGAAUAAAAUUAUUAAAGUGUCAAAUAAAUUGUUAACUCCGAACUGUAACGUUUUAAGAGUAAUUAAAUAUUCGAAUAAAGAACACGUUUAUUCCGCUUUCA